CGGUACAAGAAAGAAGCACAUUCUAAUCUUACUCGUAAGCUUUAUCCAAUACUGAAGUCGACAAGGACCACAAGUUCACAGCAGCACAAACUACAAAAGCGAUAGGCGAAAACCAAAGGCCAAAGCCAAGCCCCACGGUCGCCGCCUAAUCCUGAUUCCUGCAUCUUUUGAGAACACUCUCACGGUUCAGUAGUCCACUCCACAUCACAUUGCGUCUUGCUUUUCUAUACUCUACUUUUUAUCUCAUCUCACCUCAUCUCAUUUUUUCCAUCAUCACCAUUUUCAAUCUUCAUCUUCCUUCCGCCAUUUUUAAUCUUAUAUUUUCUCUCUCUAUACUUCGCAAACAUGCUGGUCGUCCUUACUUCCUCUGCUCCGCCUGUUCUCGAACUCUUCAAAGAUAGGGUUUCGUCCUCUUUUUCUACUUCUUCGUCUUCUUCUACUUUCGCGUUUACUGUUGUUCUUCGUCGCAAUUCGUUCGGUGUAAGAAAGUCUUCGUUGCUUUGUUGUUGCUCUUCUAAGCUUAAAUUUAUGGCGGAUAAUAAAUCGGUUGAUGAUGAGAAAGAUAAGAUUGCUUUCAACAGAGAAAAUGAGAAAGAUAAUUAUGGCUUUCAUUCUCGCGCUUUUGUUGAUGUUCGUUAUGCUCAAGACCUGAUUUCUGUAAUGAGAAGAGAAUCUGAUUUUGGAAAGUUGCCUAGAAAUGUUGCAUCUACUAUGGAGGAAGUUUUUCACAACUACCGUAGUGCAGUUCAUUUAAGUGGAAUUUCUCACCCGGAUGAGGUUGUGCUCUCAAACAUGGGUGCUAUGCUGGAUCUUGUAUUAUUGGAUAUGGAGGACCCUUUUGUAUUUCAGCCCCAUCAUAAAGCUGUUCGAGAGCCUGUGGACUAUUAUUUGUUUGGUCAGAAUUACAUUCGAGCAUUGAUUGAUUUUGGAAAUUCAUUUGUUGGAAAUAUUACCCUUUUUCAUGAGAUGGAGGAGAAGCUUCGACAGGGGCAUAACAUUGUCUUCAUGUCUAACCAUCAAACUGAAGCAGAUCCUGCUGUUAUUGCAUUGCUACUGGAAAAGACAAACCCAUACAUUGCAGAAAAUAUGAUUUAUGUAGCAGGUGAUCGAGUUGUAACUGAUCCUCUUUGCAAGCCCUUUAGCAUGGGAAGGAAUCUUCUUUGUGUUUAUUCUAAGAAGCACAUGCAUGAUGAUCCGGAGCUUAUUGACAUGAAGAAAAGAGCAAAUACAAGAAGCUUAAAAGAGUUGGUCUUACUUUUAAGAGGUGGUUCGAAAAUAAUUUGGAUUGCACCCAGUGGUGGAAGAGACCGUCCAGAUGCUGUCACUGGUGAAUGGUAUCCAGCGACUUUUGAUAUCCCUUCAGUGGAUAACAUGCGAAGACUUGUACAACAUGCUGGUGUACCCGGACACAUCUAUCCAUUAGCAUUGUUGUGCCACAACAUUAUGCCCCCUCCUGCUAAGGUUGAAAAAGAAAUUGGGGAGAGAAGAAUGAUAUCUUAUCACGGAGUUGGGUUAUCUGUGGCACCUGAGAUUAAUGACUAUGAUCUCUCUCUUGAUGGCAAGAAUGAGGAAGAGGCUAAGUCAGCUUAUACACACGCAUUGUAUAAUUCUGUGACCGAACAAUAUGAAGUCCUUAAAGCUGCUAUACAUGGAAAAGAAGGUUUGGCUGCAUCAACACCAACUGUCUGUCUGUCACAACCUUGGAUCUGUUGACACUAGUGGCAUUUUGCUUAUAGGUUAAUAAUUGUAUACUGCUAGAGAACUCGUAGCUUACCAUUUUGCUUUCAUCAUUCUUACAAGCUUUAGAGCUGCAAUUUUGAGUGCUCUUUACGUUUAUCGGGUAAUUUGUUCCUUUUUUGUGGGGGUUUCGGAAGGUGGUUGAAGUUAUCAACAUUCCGAUUUUUGCUGGGUUUUAUUCUUCGUAGAUUUUGGCUCUCUGAAGAGAUAGUAAGUCUCAUGCUUUCAGAGGCUUUUUGUACAGCAUUUUUUUUUCUUACCAUGUAAAUGUACACUAUCAUACGAUUACAUUGUUGUACUAAUAAUAGUUUUAAUAUAUUUAAGUAAUAUGUUUUUCUUGA